AUGGUCUUGAUGGUGCCACGAGGGAGUGGGCCAGCCGCCUACUACGACGACAACGACGACGACGACUGCGACUGCGACUGCGACUACGACUGCGACUACGACUACGACUACGACUACGACGUCGAGCUGAGCCGGCCGCUCUGCCUACUUGGCUCGCUCUCGCUCUCCGUCUCUGUGCCUCGCCCGCCUCGCUCGUGUUCUGAUCUCCCAGGAUGGCUCUGUCCACCACGACAGGCUGCCUGUCCCGCAGCCGCAUCCGCGACGAGCAUGCCGUGUAGAGGCCGCAGCAGGCCCGAGAGUGCAUGGCAGGGCAGGCCAUGGCAGAGCAGAGCAGGGCAGGCCAGGCCAGGCCAGGGCGCAAUGGCAUAG